GUGAUUUGUUUGUUCCCGAUGACGGAAUCGGCUGUGAUACACGCCCACAACGUAUAUGCGGUAAUUCUGGUCCCGUUUCAGGUUCAGGUUAUGGGGGCGCAGGAGCAGGAGUGAUUAAUCGAGGAUGUCUGUAUUGAGGAAUCAGGAUACGAGAAAGCCAUGCGCUCUGUUGCGGGGCUUGGGUAUGCCUAUGUCAGGUUGUGGGUGUCGGAUCUCCGAGUAUCUGAAGGAAUUCAUCGAGAUCUGUGGAGAUUGAAAGAUGCGUCGAUCGCGCCUACUGUGAGCAAGAAGGGCGUGCAGGGAAGGAAGAUACUUGUUAAGCAUAGCGGUGGGUGUGAUGGUAGCCUUUACAGAAGUAGAGAGCUUCUGAAGGCUUCUGAAGUGGAUGCAAUAAUGGACGAAGACUUCGUCUGCAUCCCUACGUUUGCCUCAGGGGCUCUCAUUUUUUUGCUGUGCCCUCGGGAGACAAUACAGAAUGGAUGCAGAAAUGACCAGUGGUUGAAUGAUUCACGACAAUCGGAGCAGCAGUCGUCGGCGAACAAUUUUUCGAAAACAUCAAAUCCACAUGGUUGA